AUGUCCAACUUCCAAAUUCCUCCUCACGCCGACGAAUCCGCGUUGAAGAAGCUCGAGAAGAAGAUUAUUGACGAAGGAAAGGCGGAGGAUGCUCAUGUCUCUCACACCUUGAAAGAUUUGUCCAAGGUCGAGAAAGCUUCAGGUAAAGCUGACAAGACUUUCGAUAAAUCUGAACACGCGCUGGAGAAAACUCAUAAGAAAGAGCUCAAGGCCAGCAACACUCUCAACAAAGCGACCCACAAGCACGAUUUAGCCGUCGCCGCGAUUGGCAACGCUGAAAAGGAUCUGGCGGUAAAGAAGCAGGAGUCUGCACGACUUCAAGCUGAGGUAGAGCAAAGGAAGGCAUCUGUCGAUGGUAUAAUUGAGGCUCAACGCCAUCACAAUGUCGGUAUCUGCUCCUUGCUCUUGGUAUCCCUAGCUUUUGAUUUCCAACUGACAUCUAUGCCUAUUUAUCUCAGUCCUUGCGCGAAUCCAAGCUCGCCGAGAUUCACAACGUCCGUGCUGGUACUGGCGACAGCAACACAGACGCCGGAGCGCCUGCACCUGCACCUGCGUGAGACUUGUCACUUUCACCUAUUUUUCCGUGGCUUUAGACGCGGUGUUGUGACGUCUGUGGGGUUAUGA